AUGGCAAUUGAAAAAAAAGAAGUGGUGGUGGAGAAAACUGCUGCUCAGAAGAUUUCAAAAUUUGGUUCAUUCACUGCUGGUGGUAUAGCAGCAUGUAUUGCUGUGACAUUUACAAAUCCAAUUGAGUUGGUGAAAAUUAGAAUGCAACUACAAGGUGAAUUAGCUGCUGUAGGUGAAGGUAUUUAUAAAAAUCCAAUUCAAGGUGUUGGUGUAAUUUUCAGAAAUGAGGGUAUAAUGGCAUUGCAAAAGGGUUUAAAUGCUGCUUAUAUAUAUCAGAUUGCCUUAAAUGGUUCAAGAUUAGGGUUUUAUGAACCUAUAAGAACUGCUUCAAACAGGGCCCUAUUCCCUGGUCAAGAUCCACAUAAGAAACAGAGUGUGGCAGUUAACGUAUUUUCUGGUGCAUCUUCUGGUAUUAUUGGUGCAGUUAUUGGCUCACCUUUAUUUUUGGUUAAAACUAGAUUGCAAUCUUACUCAGAAGCAUUUAAAAUCGGUGAACAAACACAUUAUAGAGGAGUUUGGGAUGGGUUAAAAACUAUUUAUAGAUCCGAAGGUAUUAGAGGAUUGUACCGUGGUAUUGAUGCGGCUAUCCUAAGAACAGGUGCUGGUUCUUCUGUUCAAUUGCCUAUCUACAAUACCGCCAAGAAUUUCUUGUUAAAAAAUAGGUUGAUGAAAGAUGGACCACUGUUACAUUUAACGGCAAGUACCAUUUCAGGUAUGGGGGUUGCUGUAGUAAUGAAUCCGUGGGAUGUUAUCUUAACAAGAAUUUAUAACCAAAAAGGUGACCUAUAUAAGGGGCCAAUAGAUUGUUUUAUUAAAACUGUAAGAAUUGAAGGUGUUUCUGCAUUGUACAAAGGUUUUGAAGCCCAAAUAUUCAGAAUAGCGCCUCAUACAAUUCUAUGUUUGACUUUCAUGGAACAGACAAUGAAACUAGUCUACUCAGUAGAGAAGAAAAUAUUGGGGCAUGACUAG